CAAUGCAAUUCGUUUCCGGUUUUGUUGGGGUGUACACUGCAGAACAUAAAAUUAGGAUUUUAAAUGUUUUCCCUAUACUUUCGUGAUUGCAACCACUAAAUUUACGGAAGACAUGUGUGACGGUUUUGUAGAGAUGAAACUUUGAAAUGAUUCUUUACAAUUUAAUGUGAAAUAGACACAAUUUAUAAAUAAGACCAAAAUAUGGCUGGAACAGGUGCUGGAGAUGCAUGGAGGAUUUCAGGUGAAGAGAGAAUGAAGCAUGAUUCUCAGUUCUUUCAGCUCAAACCAGUUAAUGGAUUCAUCACAGGAGAACAAGCCAAAGGAUUUUUUAUGCAGUCUGGUCUACCAACACCUAUGUUAGGUCAGAUAUGGACCCUUGCUGACAUGAACAAUGAUGGAAAAAUGGACAAGAAAGAGUUUUCUAUAGCCAUGCAUCUUAUCAAGAAAAAAUUACAAGGAUUUGAGCUCCCAAAAUCAUUGCCUCAGAGUCUGAAGGCUGAUCCCUCGCCAAUGUCAGCUGGGAUGGCUGCUCCUAUGGGGAUGAGUAUGGUUACAGGAAUGCCUAUGAUGAGUGGUUUAGCACCAACCAACAUGGUAGCAAGUUCCAUGGCAAUGCCGAUUAUGUCCAAUGGUGUAAAUCCACAGAUGGGGCACAUGGGUGGUCAAACCAUGGGUAUGCAGGUUGGAUUUGAUGGAAAACCAAGGACAGGUUCAUUUGGUCAACCUCAAGUGGCCCAAGUAUCUCAACCAGGUGGUCCACCAGCUGUAGGGUUUGCAAUUCCACAUAAUUCCAAGCUGAGACAUACACAGACAUUUAAUACCAAUGAUAGACAUAAACGAGGAUAUUUAACAGGUGUAGAAGCCAGAGCAUUGUUAGUACAGACAGGAUUACCACAGCCAAUAUUGGCUCAAAUAUGGAAUUUGGCUGAUUAUGAUAAAGAUGGAAAGCUAAGUUGUGAAGAGUUUUGUAUAGCUUUGCAUUUGGCUGAUUUAGUCAAAGCCGGUGUAUCUUUACCACCAAAACUUCCACCAGAACUUUACCCGGCCCAAGUCAGAGCAGGAAGUAUGACUGGUACUGCACCAAGAACAGGAAGCUUUACUGGUACCCCACCACCUCAUCAACCAGCAGCUCCACAAAAGUCUGACGCUUUUGGAGAUUUGCUAGGAGGCAUGGGAAUACCCCCACCAGUAGUACCACAGCCCAAUGUUCCUGUAGAUAAUGUGGUGGAGGACCUACAACCAGUAACAUUUGAAGAUAAAAGGAAAAUAAACUUUGACAAGGGUCAGGCAGAGUUGGAACGUAGACGGCAGAUGUUACAAGAUCAAAUGAGAGCAGAAAAUAAUGCUAGAUUAGAGAAGGAAAGACAAGAACAGGAAAAAAGAGAACGAAUCAGACAAGAGCAAGAAAGAAAGAGAUUGAUGGAACUAGAAAGACAGUUGGAAAAACAAAGGUCAAUAGAAAGAGAGAAAGAACUACAGAGACAGAAAAUGUUAGAACAAAAAGAGGCUGCCAGAAGAGAAUCUGACAGACAAAGACAAAUGGAAUGGGAAAGACAGAGAAAAGAACAACUGUUAGCUGAGAAAGCAAGAGAAUAUGAACAACUUGGUGUUGCAAAGACAAAAUCUAGCAAUCUGAAAUGUGAAUUAGAGUCAUUGCGUGAGAAAAAGAAAGAGAUAGGACAAAAAAUUGGCCAAGUGAGAAAUGGUGUGACUGAUUUUACCUCCAGUAUAGAGAGCAUGAGAAUAACAAGAGACAAUAAAAAUGCUGAAAUAGAAAGAUUACAAAAUGAAAUUAUGACCUUAGACCAGAAAUUUGCAAAAUUAAAACAAGACCAAGAAUUCCUAAAUGUGAAAGUUCAAACAACGGUCCAAAGCAAUCCUAUGGCUGAAACAUACAGAACUGUAUUACACAGUGUAGAACAGAAGAAAACAACAAUACAGAAACUGAAGAAAGAAUUAGAAACAUUAGAGAGAGAUACUGAGGCUAGACUGCUGGAAAUAGAUAAUACAAAUUCUGAAUUAAAGGUUCUGAAGAUCAAGCUGGAAGAUAUACAGAAAGAGCUAUCUAAAGCUGAUAGACAGAGACAAGAUAUGAGUAAUAAAAUAUUUGCUGAGACACAGAUUCAGAAAAAGAGGGAAGAAGAAGAACAACAGAAAAGGAAGGAAGAAGCAACAAGAAUUGCCAAAUUGGCCCAGGCUGCCUCCAAGCCAGAAAAGCCUGCCCAACCUGCUGGCACCAACCAGUCACCAAUAAAUAGUGCUUGGACAGCUGAUUUCUGCAAUAACCAAACCACUGCCCAGUCAGGAGAUAAAUGGUCAGCAGCAUUUAGUGAAGCCAGUAUAUCUAGUGCUGGGUCAAACGAUUUAUGGGGGAAUGCCUUCUCUAGUCAAAAACCAGACACUGCCAAGGAUACUCAGCCAAGGAAAAAGGCCAAAGCCCUGUACCAGUUUGAUGCCAGGAAUCACGAUGAACUCACCCUUAUUCCUGGUGAUAUUAUCUUGUUAUUAGCAGACCAGACAGGAGCUGAACCAGGCUGGUUGGGUGGAGAGAAAGAUGGAAAAACAGGAUGGUUUCCUGAGGCUUACAUUGAACACAUGGAUUCUAGUCAACCAGUCACAGAUUCAUUUAGUGGUGCUGCAAAUACUGAGGAAGAAUAUUCAACACCCCAGUCUGUACGAGAAGUUAGAAUUACCUCCCCUACACCUGGACAGGGAGAGAAAGCACCUGAUGGAUUACAGGCCCAAGCUCUGUAUCCAUGGAAAGCUAAAAAAGACAAUCAUUUGACCUUCAACAAAGGUGAUGUCAUUGUGAUAAAAGAACAACAGGAUAUGUGGUGGUCUGGUGAACUUCAUGGACAGAUUGGUUGGUUCCCAAAGUCUUAUGUUAAAUUGAUUGGAGGAAUAGCUACAAAUACAUCACAGUCAAACUCUAGAUCUGAAACCCCUGUAGUCAGUGUAACUGAUCAGUUCAGAGGAACACCACAACAAAUGGUGGCAGCUGCCGAGGAGAUAACAACUCAGUCUCCAAUUAACACAGCAAGUCACCUCAACAUAGACAGUGCUCACUCAACGCCCACUCAUACUAUAGAUAGUGCUAGAUCUACUCCAUCUACCUUAGAACAACAGGAAGGAGAAUGUUAUGUAGCAGUUUAUAGCUAUCAAUCAUCAGAACCAGGUGACCUGAACUUCAAUCAAAAUGAUGUUGUUAUGGUAACCAAGAUGGAUGGCGAUUGGUGGACAGGAUCAAUGGGGGAGAGGACAGGAAUUUUCCCACAUAAUUAUGUCAAAAAGAUGGAUAUUCCUCAGAAGUCACAACAGGCAUCACAGCAGAAGACAGGAGCACCUAAAAAACCAGAGAUAGCAUCAGUGAUAGCAGCGUACAGUGCCACAGGUCCUGAACAAUUGUCUUUACAACCAGGUCAGGUGAUACAAGUACGGAAGAAAAGUCCCAGUGGAUGGUGGGAAGGAGAAUUACAGGCUAGAGGACAAAAGAAAAAAAUUGGAUGGUUUCCUGCAAAUUACGUCAAACUUUUGGGAGCCUCAGGAGGAUCUCGCUCAACACCUGAUAAUACUCUACAAGGUCAAAAACCAGAACAAGACCAGCGUCUGACACCUACCCCAGCUGCUACAGUUCCAAGUAUAUCUCCAGCAGUUACACCACAACCACAACCAUCAUUUAUUGAGCAAGUGUUAGCUGUUUACCCAUAUAAUGCACAACAUGAGGACGAAUUAACAUUCCACAAAGACUCUGUUAUAAAUGUUUUAAAUAAAGACGACCCAAACUGGUGGAAAGGGGAAGUGAACGGACAAGAAGGAAUGUUUCCAUCAAAUUAUGUAGGACCACUGACCACCUCACCGCCACAAGAAAAUACAUGGUCGAGUGAUCCAACAGUACUAGCUACUACCUCACCACAGGAAAGUAAAAGACAGAAUCAUAUCCAUGAGCUGUUCAAAACAGAAGAAACAUACAUGGAUGAUAUGGGUAUUGUUUUGGAGGCAUUUUAUAACCCAAUGCGUGAAGCUGGAGUGAUGACAGAGGAGGAAUUGGAAUCUGUCUUUGUUAAUUGGACAGAACUUAUUUUAUGUAACACAAAACUUUCCAGAUCAUUAAGAGUACGAAAGAAAAUGAUUGGAAAAGGCCAAGUAAUACAUGUGAUAGGAGAUAUAUUAUGUGAAAAUUUACCACAUUUGACCCCUUAUAUCCGUUUCUGUAGCUGUCAACUUAGAGCAGCAGCAUUAAUUCAGCAUAAAACAGAGACCAGUCCUGAGUUCAGAGAGAUCCAAAAGAAAUGCACACAGAAUCCUAAAACUAAAUCCAUGCCACUAAGUAGUUUCUUACUGAAACCAAUGCAGAGAAUAACUAAAUAUCCACUUAUGAUACAGAAGAUUCUACAGUAUACACCAGAGGGUCAUCCUGACCAUCAGAACUUGAAGGAGGCUUUGACAAAAGCUGAAGAACUAUGUAGUCAAGUCAAUGAGGGUGUAAGGGAAAGGGAAAACUCAGACAAGUUAGAAUGGAUGCAGGGACAUAUAAACUGUGAUGGACUUGUAGAGAAAAUUACAUUUAAUUCUGUGACAAACUGCCUUGGGCCUAGAAAGAUAUUACACUCAGGAACAUUGUACAAGAUGAAGAGUAACAAAGAACUAGUAGGAGUUUUGUGCAAUGAUUUUCUAUUACUUAUCAGUCCUCUUAGCAGUAGCACAUCUAAGUUUGUCUUUGAUCCAAAAGCAAAGUCGCAAUAUAAGAUGUACAAAACUCCAAUAUUUCUGAAUGAGAUAAUGGUAAAAAGAAUCGGUGAUGAUGAUAGUGAUUCCUGUCAAUUCCAAGUGUCCCAUAUAGACAGGGUGUACAACUUCAAGACAUCUAGUAACAAUGAGAGAGAAAACUGGGUAAAGCGUUUGGAUGCAGCUUCAAAGAAUUAUAUUGAAACAGAAAGAAAAAGGAGAGAGAAAGUGCAUAACUUGGAGGAACCUAAUCAGAAAGUAGGUCGUAUGUUAGUUAUCAUUGUGGAGGGGAUAAACCUGGCCCCCUCACAAGAUGGAAAAAGUGACCCAUAUUGUGAAGUGAGUAUGGGAGCCCAGGAACAUAAAACUAAAGUGAUACCAGCCACACUUAAUCCUAAAUGGAACCAAAACAUGCAGUUCACUAUACGUGAUGUAGAUCAAGAUGUAUUAUGUAUAACUGUGUUUGAUAGAGAUCUAUAUUCUCCAAAUGAUUUUCUUGGGAGAACAGAAAUCAGAGUUAAAGAAAUUUUACAAGAAUCUAAUGAAAAAAGAGGACCUAUUUCUAAAAGACUUCUACUGCAUGAAAUAUCCUCUGGUGAGGUAGUAGUCAAACUAGAUCUACAAUUGUAUGAUGGUAUAAAUGAAUGAUGAACAAAGUGUGUAGAAAAUAUUGGAUACUGUGUUCGACAGAAUAAGAGCCCUUGGUGCUUGUAGAAUGAAAUUAUUGAAAACUGAUUUUUUUAAUUGGGACCAUUUCUUGAAUUUUAUAUUAGAUUUCACAGCUUAUCCUUGCCUAAUCAAAGCUUUAUUGAGCAUUUACAGUGUUUUAAAAAACUGGAAUGUUAUGUGCUUUUAGAAAAGUGGUUUAUUUUUGAAUUUUUGAUAGAAAGUUAUGAAUGGGCACUUUUUGUAACUGUAUGAAAUACUUUAUUUACUAGUGCAAAUAAUGUCUUUGAUAGAAAAUUGUAAAAGAUGGGUUUUUUUAUGAAUUAUUGAAUGGGAUAUUUUACUUUACUGGUGCCAAUUAUGUAUUUUAUUUAUAAAUAUUAGAUUGAUUAAAUUAUUUUAGGUUAUAAAUGAUAUGUUUUAAAGAUUUAAAUAUAAGACUCAGUUGUUUCUAUGUUUAUUAUUUUUUUAUUUUACUGAAGGAGUGUUUAAUAAAUGUACAAUUCUGGAAAUACCAGUUUUCAAAUGAAUUUAAUUUCUGAAAAAUCAAACUGUUAAAAACCAUAAUUUUAAUAUAACUUAUAAAUUUGCAAUACUUUUAUUAUUGUGAAAAACGAGAAUGUACUAGUAUUAGAUUUAUUAAAACUCUUAAUUUUAAAAUCCAUUGUAAUGUUUGAAAACAAAAUUUCCUAAAAUAUUGCAUUAAUUUGUCUUCCAUUUUAAUUGAGUGAAGAUUUGCAAUACAGAAAUAAAAAGUAAUUUGAAUUUUAAGCUUGUAUCCAAAAUGAUUUAUGGCAUUUUAAUUCUGUGAAAACUUAAACCAAUUCAACGUUCUGAUCUACAAAAAUAUUAUGAGAAAUCAAAAUCAAAAUCAUGGUGUGAAGCACUGUACUGACAAGUCACAGGUACCUCAGUUAGAAUUCUACAGUAUUUUUUUUUUUAAUGUGACAUAAGGAUGGGACCAAUUUAAUUACCUUUUAAAAUAUUAAAUACUAUUUUUCCUUGUUUUUUCAUGCAAAUAGGUUCCUAUUAUCUAUGAUUUUACUGUUAUUGCAUAAUAUCAAUAAUUUUUCUACCUUUUCAACAAGAGAAUUGGAAAAUUUUAAUAAUAUUGAUAAGAUCUGCAUUCUUUUAAGGCAUUUGAUUAUAUUUUUUCUGUGCCUUGAAAACCUUUUUGAUAAAACUAUCAGUGCAUUUAAAAGCAGCAGAAAAGAAUUAGAUCUGUUUAAAGGUUUUAUCACAUUUUGAUAACAUAACGCUUUGGUAUCAUUGCAGCCAAUGAAACAUUAUUGGUCAUGAGUGUUCUAGUGAUGGUAUCAUUGCAGCCAAUGAAACUUUAUUGGUCAUGAGUGUUCUGGUGAUGAUGGUAAAGUUAAAAGUAAGAGUACUAUUGAUCAUGAAUACUGUAAAUUUCGUUGGAUAAGACAAUAUUUUUUUUUCAGAAAAUUCUCAGCCUCCUCUUAUGCGGCAGAUUGACCUAUCUAAGUUUUUUUUUUUAAAUCAGGUCGCCAAAAAAAUAAAUAAAAUACUUCGACUUUCCCCAAUAAUUUCAAUGAUAAGUAUAAUUUAUGUUGCAGGUUUGGAGAAAAGCAGAAAGAGUUAUUUAAAUAAAGUACUAAGAAUCUCAAUCAUUAAAAUGUUUGACACUUAUAGUUUCGUUUUUACAACUGAAACUUAAUAUUGAUUGAUUCUGAGUUUAAGGAAAGCAUAAUGAUUAAAUAUGGGAAGAAAAAAAAUGUGUUUAUAUUUUUGUACUAUUAAAUUUUAACUGGUUGGUUUUUUUUUUAUUGACCUCUAUAAAGAUUUGAUAUUUUAUUGAGGGAUUUGUCCAUUUUUUGGCAUAUGAUGUCAAACCAAAAUGCAUUUUUUUUCAAUUACGCUAUAUAUUUAAAAAAAUUUGAAUCACAGUUUGUUUAAAGCAAAUUAGAUUUGAUUUUUACUUUCAUUUAUAAUUCUGACAUGUGCCUCAAAAUAUUUUAUAAUGAAAACUUUACAAAACCUCAAUAUAUAUGUAUAAGUUUUUUAAAGAAAUUAUGAUGGAGUUAAUUUCUCUGUUGAUUUUACUGAAGUCUUCAUCUUUAAAAGUUAAAUUAUUCAAUUACUCUUAAAAGAAUUUAUGUAAGAGAAGCACAAAUUAUGGUAGAAUUUCAUAUUUGUGAAUAUAUGUUAAGAAAGAAGAAAAUUUGAAAAUUCUGCACAAUCAUUGUUCUUGAGGGAAGAGGUAUAUAGGGUCAAUUUAGUUGACUAUUGACCAUAACAAAGUGGACAGAACAUGUCAUUUGACCAUAAAAAAAGUGGACAGAGCAUGUCAAUUUUUCGGUUCCUGAAUGAGUAUGUUCAAGGUGAACUAUUAUUAUAAUUAUUGUGAAUUGUCAGAGUGAUCAUGUUGCAGUAGUUGCUAAUUUCCUUUAAGUUUAUUAAAUGUAUUGAGAAGUCCUUCAGUGCUAAAUUUUAAAUUAUUCAUGUUAUAAAUGAUAAUUAUUCAUGUUAUAAAUGAUAAUUAUUCAUGUUAUAAAUGAUAAUUAUGUCUGUUGUGAUUGAUUGUAAUGUUAAUUUUGAUGGAAAAUGCCACAAGUUUCAGGACAUCAAUUGUAGCAUUGAUGGUGUGAAAUUAUGCAGGCGAGCGCAAAAGUCAUGCUUUAGAUUUUUAGAUGUAUGAUUUAGCAUCAAAUCAUCAAUUGAUGUCUAUAAAGUUUCAAAUACAAUACUAUUAUCUUGCCUGUCCUAUACGUCAAGACAGGUAGGUUUGGUUUUUAACUUAUCAGAAAGUCUUGUUUUUUUUUGUUUGUUUUUUUUAACAAAAUCAUGUUCAGAAUCUACAUGAAACAUAUAGAAAAUUUUUUUCACCCAAAACAAUGUAUAAUUUUAUUGGUUUGGGUUUUUUAAUUAAGAAUUAUGAAUUAUUAAUCUAAUGUAGGUACUUAUAUUAGAAAUGAGACCAUUAUCAGUUAUACUUUCCUUUGUUCAAAGUUGUGAAUUUGAGGAUAAUUUUUUCUAUAUUUUGUCUCAGUUAUCUUUCAUACCUCAUACUCAAAAAUGUCCAAUGCAAUAUUAAAUGGUUCGUAGGUAUGCUUUUUUUAAAUUUGUUGUCUUGUACUCUCCAGUUCAUGCUAAAAGUUGUAAAAUCAUUGAUUGUAUCUUUGACUUAUUUGUAAUUAUCAUUUCUAUGACAAUAUACAUGACAUAAUCAUUAUCACCAUGUUUUAUACACAGCAUUUAAAAACACCAUUGAAAGGUCCUUACCAUAAUCUGAAUUAGGUGGUACAUAACACUACAGGGAGAUAACUCUGUAAAAAUCAGCUGAACAUUUUAAUCAUGUUCUAUUUUUAAGGAAAUAUUAAGCUUCUCAAUGAUCAAAAUUAGUGUUUGUCAAACUUCUAUAUAUCCAAUGAAAUUUUUCCAAUAAAGUGUGUGGUUCAAGUUUUUUGAAAUUUUUAUAUUUUUGUCAAAGGGUCAAAGUAAAUAUUUUGUCAAAAUUUUAUGAAAAUUCAUUUUAAGUCAAGAGUUCUAUUUUAGAUAUAGAAUAUGUCCAGCAUGAAUUAUCUUAAUUCUAAUAAGACAAUUUAUAGCUCUCUUGCCUUCAAAGCAGACUACCUUUAAGACACAUCAUAAAGGAAGUAAUUUUCUGUUUUAAUGCACUUUGUUUAACCAAACAUAAAGUAUUUAUGUGCUAAAAUGCUUCAUCUAUUUUGAACAUAUGUGUACAUGAUUGAGCACAUGUUGUUUAUAUGUACACUUCAACGGUAGGUACUGAAUGGCGCAGUGACCACCUCAAAAUUUAUUCUUUAAUACAGAAUGUAUCUGCCUUUAAAGUCCAUCAAGCUACAAUAAUAAAGUCCAUCAAAACAACACAAGAUAUACUGCCUUGCAGAAUCUUGAACAAUGUCAUGUUCUGUGACAAAAUAAUCUACAUAAUAAAUACAAGGCAUUUGAAUACUGCACUAUAUAAAUUUUUUUGUAAAAAAUAAACUUCUACCUAUACUAAGUGUGUUUGUGUGGUCACUACCUAGUCCUCGAUAACUAACAACCCUUGCAAUUAGCUUAUAUACUGACUGCCAUUUAAUGGCAAUAGUUACACAACAUAUAUGAUAUCCCCUUUAUAAAAUUAUUGCACAAUCUUUCAAAUUUAUUCCGCAUACAGCACAUAAAUUCAUUUAAUUUGGUUAAGCAAAAACUUUUAAGAAAAACAACUGUUUUAUGAUUCAAAAGUGAACUAAUACAUGUACAUAUAGACUUCCUUAAAAAUAGAAAUUUUAUUUCCAAGCUAGCACUAUAAACAGAAAUAUCCAUCUUCGAGCGUCACUGAUGAGUCUUUUGAAGACGAAACGCGCGUCUGGCGCAAAUACAAAAUUUCAAUCCUGGUAUCUAUGAUGAUUUAAUUUUCAAAAUACAACUACUUUGCAAGUUAAAUUGUGACAUCCAGCAUAUGUAGCCAAUGAUUUUUUGGAAUAAAAACAUGACUUUGUUCACAAAGUGAAGGAAUAGCAUUUUAAUAGAAUAUUCAAUCCCAGUCAGUACCUUUAUAUUUGAAUAUAUAAUAUGAUAAUUGAUUACAGAUCAUAGAAACUCAUUCAAUAUUUUUUAGGAAAGAGUGGCAAAAAAAUACAACCAACUAUAAUCAGAUAAAUAUGUAAUGAAAUGUCUCAUGUAAAUGAUACCUCAUCGCCUUAUCUUUAAAUAUCAAUGGUAGCUUUUAAAGGUGUUUAUAGAUAGGUAUUUGUAUUUAUUGUAAGUGCUAUUCUUUGCAGGAACAGGCAAUACAAUUUUCACAAAGUUGGAGAAUCAUGAAAGUUUUGUUCUCAUAAAUGAAGAAAACAGUACUUAAAGGAAUUUUACUGUUUUCUUAACCUCUUUGUAUUUACAUAACUUAUAACAUCAUUUCACACUGAAAAUGCAUGAACUAUUUGCCAAUGGGCAUUAAGAAAACAACACUUAGUCAAUCAUAUACAUAAAUAACUUAAUUACUGUUCAUUUUAGUUAAUUCAGUCAUAUAUCAAAAUCCUGAGUUUAUUUAUACAUCCAUCUAUGUGGUAACAUGUUGAAUGUUUUGAAAAUUGUUUAUUGUCACUGAUGCCCAGAAAGAAUAAAAAAAAGUCAUUAUUGGGUGGACACCCAAUCUAUACCCACAAAAUUCUUCAGCUGGUUUAUCAAUUAGAUUAAUAAAAUCCAUGUCAUCAAGUGGUUGAAAUUUGAUGUGAAAAUUAUGUGCAAUAUAUAUGUAUAUAAAGGUUUUACUGAAUUUUUAAAUCAUCACAAAUAUUUUAUAAAACUUCUAUGAAUGAAAUAAAAUGGUAAAAUAUUUA